AUGACUCUGAAAGAAUCACUUGCCAACUUGAUAGCUGACUUUGCUGGAAUGAAUAAGACGCCUGAUUUCAAACCAACAAAUGCCACAUUGAAAGAUCCAUCAUCUGAGCCACAUCAGCAUUUGUAUCAAAGAAAUCAGAGGAGUACUCUGAAUAGUAGUACGUCUCCGCACUACGCACAACAUCGUCGGAAGUCUGUACAAAUCAUCAUUGGAGCUGAAGAACUACCAGUCCUCAACUCACAACGAUCUGGUUCUGAUGUCUCUCCAACAUCUGGCAAUCCCGAUAAAUAUGUUAAAGGGCAACGAAGAUGCUCUGCACCCUGUCUCGAAACUCACGCUAACUUGAUUAAAUUGAAAAAACAAUGGAGAAAACUGAGUGACAGCGGAGAAAGUAGUAUUUCUGAAGAGGAGGAAGAGAAGACUCCUACACAUGAACCACUCACCUAUCGAGUAUGA